ACCUCAACUUACAAGUCAAGAAAGUGAAAUACCUUCCUCAGCUUUGGGAGCUACCAAGGCUUUCAUUGUGGAUAAACAUUGGUUGCUAAAAAGCUUUAACAGAGCUUAAGUUUGAAAGCAUUAAAGAUUCUACAGCUUUUGGUAACUUUAAAGUUUUGUGAUUUGUAUUCCUCUGUCCUAGAUAUUGAGGUUGCCUGUUACGGUUAUGAAGGUAUCGAUGCAGUAAAAGAAGCUUUGAGAGCAGGCUUGAACUGUUCCACAGAGAACAUGCCCAUUAAAAUUAAUCUGAUAGCCCCUCCUCGUUAUGUGAUGACAACAACAACGCUGGAGAGAACUGAAGGACUGUCAGUUCUAAAUCAAGCCAUGGCUGUAAUUAAAGAAAAAAUUGAGGAGAAGAGAGGAGUCUUUAAUGUGCAGAUGGAGCCUAAGGUGGUUACUGACACAGAUGAGACUGAGCUUGCAAGGCAGUUGGAAAGACUGGAGAGGGAAAAUGCUGAAGUGGAUGGGGAUGAUGAUGCUGAGGAAAUGGAAGCCAAAACUGAAGACUAAAUGUUCUGGGAUAUUUAGAAGAGACCAUAUGAAAAAUUAAAGACCCCAUUGCAAACACUCUGGGCUAAAUGUGUCCAGUAUUGAAAACUUCAGAUGCAUACUUGAAGUGUUUUACUGUUUUUAAAAGACCAAUAUGUGAAAGGCUCUUCUAAGUAACAUUUGAUGCAACAGCUUACACAAAUUGAAUCCUUUGAAGGGAAGGUGCCUAGUCAAAUUCAAGACACAGAUCUGGCCAGAGGGAGGUUGCAGCCCCAUGCUUAACAUUUUCAGACAUAACAAUUCCUAAUUGGUGAUUACAGCUCAGUGCAUCUGUUAAUCAUCUUUCCUGGGAGCACCAAAACCAAGCAAGCUGAAAAGUUCUAUAUAGAAUGUAUUUGAGAAAAUAAUCAAUAAAUUUCUGGGCUGUGUAACUCC